AUGGCGAAAGUGGACACAUUAGGCCAGUUAAAAAAAGUAGCUGGGACAAAAUUAAAUGUGGAGGACGAAGGUGUGAAUCCUGAGAUGAAGAUAUUUAAUAAAGAUGGUGGAGAGGUCAAAAAUGAAGAUAUGGCAUUAUUGAAGUAUGUUUUACGCAACUUGUUUGUAAUAUAUUCCUCGUUCAAUUCCGCAUUUAAGUUAAAAACUAUUGUAUGGUAUGCACCAGUCGGUGUAAACCUCCCUUCCCCCAGCCGGGAUGGGAUGUGUAGUAGUCCAAUCUUAUACUUAUCGUCUAACUGAAUAGGACAUAACACUCUAUUUGACUGUACAAGUUCAGUAGCAGGUUCGUCUUCUACUUUGACUGGUGGCAGGGCUUUGUUCCACUUUGUCUUCUUCGAUUUUCUAUCCCAAAGUUGUAUAUCAUACACGUCUUCAUCCUCGUAGUAGCUGACGAUUCUUCCUAUACCAUAGCGUCCUCCUCCUAUAUGAUGUAAAUGGUAUUUCACAGGUUGACUGGCAUCCAACAGCUUGAGAGAGUUUUUUCCACCGGUUGCUUCAGGCAUUUCAAACUGUAUCGAUGGUGUAUGAAUCAGCAACUGACGAAUUCCACCAAUGCUUUGAAGAAUCUUUUUGAACGUUUUUUUUUUGUAAAGGUAUUUGCACGCUUCUCCGGUCGACGACUUAUAGACUUUUUGUGAUUUUAACCAAGCAUGUAGUUCUUCGAUCAUGAUUCUUAUGUCGUCAUCAAAAAAGUCUCCAAGCUUUUCGUAGACAAUAAAUGAACCAUUUUCAAAAUGCGGGUUGCAAUGGGAUUGUGAGAUUUCGGGGGCAGGGUGUCCUCUUAACUAUAACAAAAUAACGUUCUUUCCAUCCUAACACCACUGCUGACCUGUGCCCUCUGUUCAUCUUUUUUGUUCACUCCUCAAGCAUGGCGGAGCAAGAAAAUAUUUCAGAAUUGGAAAAUGUUGUUAAUCCUGAUUGAUGGAUGCGUGAAGACUCAAUGGAAGGUAGGAUGGACCUUGUUCAGGCCAUAGUGGCCGAUCAAGGUUUUAUUCCAAAACUUUCUUCAGUGAGUAUGGCACAAAUGGCUCCGCAACAAAACUCUGCAGUGCUUCAAGGCCAAGCAGAUGUUCAAAAUAUGGAGUAUCUCAAGAUCAAACGGGUACACAAAAUCAGACUCCCGGAGUAUCAUACGAUGAAAUGGGUUCAAAACAGUUAUCAAAUCCCACCGUAUCAUACGAUAGGUCGGGUGCAGCUACUAAGCGAGGGCAUACGCCUGUAAUACGGCUAGAUGAUGAUGAUGACUAUGUCCAUGUGCCAGCCAAGCGAGUUCGAAGUUCGGACGAUGUCAAUUUUGACGAUGAUGUUAAUGAUGAGUUGGAGGAGUUAGAAACAGAGAACAUUCUCUCUCCAAACUCUCGAUGGGAAGCUAGUGCGACUUUAUUGCAGUUUCUCGAAACAGCUGUAAAACGGUUAAAUAUAUUUGAGAGAAAAACUUUGGUCAAAACGUACACAAGGCCAAACGUGGAUGCUGUGUACACGCCAACGAUGGAUGAAUACUUAAAACCUUUCAUCUAUGGAGUAGCAACACCUGAUAAACCGCAUAAAGAUUUACAGGAUAGUGUUCUAGAUGUAUUUGGUCCUCUGUGUACAGCAUAUGAAAAUUUGUUAUCCAUGGAAAGCACCAUGACAUAUGAUGGGUGGUUGAACUGGAUGCUACUGGUGUUCGUAGCUUCCAGGAUUGUCUCAAACAUGCAUUGCUGUUAA